UUGUGUGGUGGUCGAAAAUAUUUUGUGUGUUGUGUGAACAAAAACUAUUGAAAAAUUCAAUAAAAAUGGAAGUUGAAACUAGCUAAUAUUAAUUUAUUUGUUCUUUUAUUUGUGUUAAGUGUUAUUAUAUUCAAUUGAAGCAAUAAUUCAAUAAGAUUUUUUGUGAGUUUUAUCCUGCUGCCAAUGCUAUUGCAGAUGUGUAACACUGCCAUUCCGAUCCGCUCCUAGUCGUAAAGCAGUGCCUACUGCCACUGCCGCCAUCACCAUAGCCAUCGCCAUCGCCACCGCUGCUGCCGCCACGUCACACACACACACACACACACACACAAAAAAUCACUGGUAUCCAGUGAACUUUCCUAGUCCCCGAGUAUCCGACUGAUCCUUUAUAUAUCCCCGCCGCCGCCGUAUAUCCUUGUGCACAUAGAAAGUUUUAUUUCGAAUUCGAAAUGGAUUUUAGCCAAAUUGAGUUGAUAUACAGCGCCGAGGGUAAUGCAAAUUUGGUAGUGGCCCUGCCACAACUUAAAAAAGUUUUACGACUGCCAAAAGCCGACAUCAUCAGCAGUAGCAAUAGCAAAAGCAGCAAGUGCAAUACGACGACGACAACGACGAGGAGUAGCGACAAUAGUAAAUGCGAUGGCCAUCAUCAGUCGGAGAAGCAUCAGCUGAAACAUACAGCUACGACCACUUCCAAUGCGAAUAAUAAUCCCAACGGAGUCGUUACCACCCCCGAUAUGGAUCAGACACUAGGUAGAAUGGGUGGUGGGUGCUCCAAUGUUGAUGUCAGCACGGAUGCCAUUGUUGAAAAUGCAGAGGACGACGACGACGACGAUGCAGUCAAUCCCGAAGAGUUGGUUGCAUUUGUUAGUGUCAUGGCGGUAUUUAUUGGCAAGGAAUAUGUCAAUAUUCCGGAAAUCGUCAAUAUAACAUCCGAGGCGGACCGCCGCAGGAUAAAUGACUUUUGCAGACCAUUUCGACCGGCUCAUCGACUAGACAAAGAGUUUUGUGGACAAUUCGGACUCCUACUGCCAGAUGCUACACUCUUGCCAGAAACGUUGUUAGUUCCUGGUUUACAACAUCAGCUAACACCAGGGGACACAUUUGCCGUCGAUAUUAAACCAAAACAAGGAUGGAUGCUGCAGGAUAUCGAUGUCGAAGUCAAAGUCAUCUACGACGAUGGUAACUGUGGUCAUGCUGCUGCUGCUGCUGCUGUUGGUCUUUCUCGAACGUCAUUUCUCAAUCCAUUCAACCUAAAAGCUUCGACUCGAUGUCGGUACUGUACGAUGCAAUUUUCUAAGUUGCGAACUCGUAAAAUUUCCAGACUAAGUGCAUACUGCCCCAUUGACAUGUUUUCAGGAAAACCAAAGGCGAUGCGAAAAUCCUUGAAUGCACUUCUCGAAUGUCCUCAGAAUAAUUUGCGUAUUUUUCGAAAUGGACAUCUUAUCUAUGGUGACCAAGUUGGAUCAAUAACACUGGAAGAACUAAAAGAAAACUUUUUCAAUGGCGAUCUGACAACGUUCCAAGAUUUGAUUAUUAACUGUCUGUUGAAGAACUAUUCAGACAAUCCUACCGGAACUGGUGUCCUUGAGAGAAUUUUAAACAUUCAACUUUUAGCAAAGGAAUACAUCACUCAAUCAUGCUCGAACAAUACAUCACCUACAAACCCAUCCAAAAGAAAAACCUUCAAAUGGUUAGAAAAGUUCCUAGAAAGAAAAUCAGUCAAUUGCAUUGAUGACCUUACUCCGCUCGAAAAAUAUCUUAUAGCUGCUACAUUUUUAGAUUGUUCUAUAAUUGUUGCCUUUAAAGAAAUCCACCAAUCAAAUUCUAUCCAAAUCUCAAGUCAUCCCAACGUUAUUUGUUUAAAUGGAAAAUUAUACUUGACCAAGGUGUCUGUUCUCGAUAUGGAUCCUAAACCGGAUAAUCAUUUUGAUAAAUUUGUUAAAAAUACAAAUCGUGCUUAUGAAUUAGCCGAUUGUAUAUAAAAUGUUAUGUUUUUUGUUGUUUUUUUUUUUUUUAACAGUGAUUUUGUAAUUUGUUUAAAAUCACAGGUUUCCUAUGAUACAUUUAAAAAAAAAAG